AUGGCCAACCGCAGCGAGAAUCUAGACAGCAAAAGGGUGAUAGAAGGACGGUUCGUUCUGUAACUGUGGCCAGUGGAUACGUUACCCUUGCGCCUAGCCCCUGGAAAUCGAGAUUCAAGAUGAUUCGCACUGCGGUAUGGGACCUGCAUCAUGCCCCAUCCCUGUGCCUGGCACGCAAGGGUUGGCCCAUUUUAAUUACCUUGAUCUGAAGGUGGUUGCCGAAGCCCGCCAGAACACACGCCAUGGUUGGAGCACAGUGGUACUAGUUUAAGUCGGUUGACCAGUUAUAUUGACCGGGUUCCCCAAAAACUCUUGCAUCUCGGUCCUGCAUAAAUAUCUACUCCUGGCAUUUCGAGUGCUUGCCUGACUCGUUCAGAGAACUCCUUCGUCGCUGGGCAUGUCCCUUGAAGAAGACCUGCGAGCAUGGAAGUUUCUUGGAACCUACCAACCCGCCUUCCCCUCGCCGUGCACAUAGACGAGGUGAUACUGGCGCGCAAGAUUGGUCGCAAUGGAUUGCUGAUAUCUGUCUGGACUCUUUUUGCCGUUACCACGUUACUACUCAUAAGCCGUUUUGCGAUCAGGCUCCGUGUCCAUAGACAGCUCUUCUGGGACGAUAUACUUGCCGGCCUUGCAUAUAUCUUCUUACUGUGCCACAAUAUUCUCGCUACCCUAGCCGCGCCGACGAUUUACUUACUGCUCGAUCUCUUUACGGAUAACCAUGGAUUCAUGCAACCAGAUAUCCUUGGGAAAAUUGAUCGCCUAGUAAAACUCGUUCUCUCCAGCAACUUUCUCUUCCGCAUAUGCAUAUACCUCGUUAAGGCCAGUUUACUUGCCCUGCUCUGGAGAUUAUUCCGCAGUUUGCCCAAGUUCCGCCGCGCAUGGCUGGGGAUUAUCGUUGUCACGGUUAUUGGAUUUGCCCUCUCUAUGAUUCUCCCUCCAGUUGCGUGUUCAGAUUUUUCUGCCCGUGAGUUCAUCUGUAUAGCAGCUAUAUUAGUGCUCCCAUUAACUUGUAUCCUAGUUGGUUGUAUCUCCCCAAGGCAGAUAAAGUUAGCUGCCAUCGAUAUCUACGUCAGCACAGUUUUUGAUGUGCUAACAGACGUUCUGAUUGUGUCUCUCCCUGUUGCCUUUGUCCUCAAAUCAUCUCUCCCCAUGCCCCAGAAGACAGGAUUGAUCGUCCUGUUUCUCCUCGGACUCGCAGUCGUCAUCAUAUCCAUCCUCCGCACCAUUGAAACCGAUGGUAAAACUAAACUAUCACCUCCGUCAUGGCUCCUGUUCUGGAGCUCAAUGGAAGCAACCAUCGCAGUGAUGGUAUCCUGCUUUGCUUCCUACAAGUCCCUUUUUUCUGCUCGAUCACGACCCUCUACCUAUCAUCCACACGGUCACACUGCAUCUGUUGUCGCCCCUACUCCGGCCGAAGUCCGAAAGACCAGGAUUCUGAACGAAAGUGACUCGCGAGAAGAAAUUAUCCAUCGCACCGAAUUCGAGGUUAGCUACGAAAUGGCACCCGCCGGUUCCAGCAACCGUGCUAAUCCCUACUCCAUCCCCUCAAACAAGUCGUUACAAGCCAUUCCCUCGUCGCUAGCAUGA